UGAUCCGCCUGCCUCGACAGAGGCAGUAAGCCACUGGUUUAUAGGAAGGAAUCAUGUGUACCUUUCUACUGGUCAUCUGUGCUCUUGCAGCAGUAGCUUACACUUUCCAUGAUAUUGUGGUUAAAGGAAAGAGAUGCAAAAGCAAUGCAAACCUGCAUGGGAAAACCGUGAUUGUGACGGGAAGCAACACAGGGAUUGGCAAAACAUCAGCCAUAGAUCUGGCUAAAAGAGGAGCCAGAGUGAUUCUGGCCUGCCGCUCAAAGCAAAGAGGGGAGGCAGCUCUUGAGGAAGUUAAAAGGGUCACAGGCAGCAAUCAGGUUCUGUUCAUGCAGCUGGAUCUGGGCUCCCUCAAGUCUGUUCGCAAUUUUGCUGAGAACUUUCUAAAGACUGAACCAAGACUGGACAUCCUUAUCAACAAUGCAGGAGUUUACAUGCAGGGUCGUACUGAGGAUGGAUUUGGGAUGAUGUUUGGUGUUAACCACCUCGGACAUUUUCUGCUGACAAACCUGUUAUUGGAACGACUCAAAGAGUGUGGACCCAGCAGGAUAGUGAAUGUGUCAUCCUCAGCUCACAAUGCUGGGAAAAUCAACUUUGAUUGUCUGAACACCCACAAAGCUCUGGGAGUGGGGACAUCAACACGGGACGCCCUCCAGAUGUAUUGUGACAGCAAAUUGUGCAAUGUUCUCUUUACCCACGAACUGGCUAAAAGACUCCAUGGAACUAAGGUCUCCUGUUACGCCCUUCACCCAGGAGCAAUCAGCACAGAGCUCCAAAGAAAUGCCGGCUCAAUUCUGCAAAUGGUCCUGACAUCCGCAAGUAUCUUUUUCUUUAAGAAUGCUGAGCAGGGAUGCCAGACCACCCUGCACUGUGCUCUUCAGGAAGACAUUGAGCAUCUCUCUGGGCGUUACUUCUCUAACUGCACCGUGAGGGAAGUCUACGCCAAAGCCAAGGAUGAUGCCGCAGCAAAGAAACUGUGGGAGCUCAGUGAGAGAAUGUGUGGGCUGGCUUAGAAAAACUAUUAAUUGAAUGACUUUUCAUUUAUGUCGCUAGGUUUUAACCACACAAAAACAUCACUCAGUUCUUUUAGACAUUUUUUUAACCAAGGACAAGUGAAAAAUAUAGAAAAAUUCAAUCUGGGAUGAUCAAACCUUCAUAGCAUGAUUGCUGUGGACAUGGUUUCUGAAACAAUCUUUCAUGUCAAAAACAAAUAUUUGUUUUCUUUAUUAUCCUUUUUUUGUCUGUAGUCCAUUACAUUCUGUUUUUGUCAUUAUUGUCAGUGCUUGCCAUUUCUUCCUUUUAAACCUCAACCUUUAGCUUGGUUUAGACUCUUGUAUUUUUUAAUUAUUUUCUUGCGUCUUAAUUCAUUUUUCUAUUGCAGUUUGAUUGUUUUUGUUUUAUUUCAUUUUUUGGUUUAACUCCUUUGAGUUUUAACCGUUUAGUUUUUCCAUUCUGCCUGUAAGUUCUGCGUUUUUGUUAGUAUUGACAAGAGAGCCACUGCACAGACAGUGAUGUCUAUUUAAUGAAUAAAGCAAUCUUCCUGAGAA